AGCAACUGUUGUAUAGUAGUGCAUUUGCAGAGGCUGACAAAAGCAAAGGGGUAGGGCACUCCUUACAAUAAAGCUAAUGUUCCUAAGUAACUUAGGCUUACUGCAUUUGCUAGCCCCAGCUUUUUCUUUUCUUUAAGUCACUGUUUUGCACAGUACUGGCUUCUUAGCUUUGUAUAUGUCACUGUAAAAUGGUCUGCUGGUAAAAUCCAUUAGUAAUACCUUGGAUCUGUAUUCUUGGAAUGUUUGCUUUCCUUCAGGAGUGAUGUGCACUAGUGAUGCUUACUAACUUUACUAGAAGUCCAUUCUAAUUAUCUUCUGUUUCCCUUUUUAAGUGUGUGACAGCACCUUUGAUAGAGAGGAGUAUCAGUUCUUCUGUCCUGGUUGCUGUCUUUUUUGUCUUCAGAGCUAUGUAUUGACCUAGAUCUAAUAUUAAGAAUUAAAAUAAUCUUUUAGUAAUUAACAGGGUUUUUUUAGAAUUUCCUGUACAGUAAAUCAGGCACACUCACUACACAAUACAGGAAGUGUGUAUUCUAACAGUAAUUAUGUAGUUAACUUGUAAAUUUCACAAGAAAGGUCUUGUAGUAAUAACUUACAGGUUAUUAUUCUUAUAUCUCAGGAAGGCAAGAUGAUUUGAGCUAACAGCUGCCUGAAAAAUGAGUCAAGUUGGCAAGUUAGUAAAUAAGCUGGUUGGAGUGCAGGCUGCCGAGUAUGUCCCAGAAAAAGUGAAGAAAGCUGAAAAGAAACUAGAAGAAAAUCCAUAUGACCUUGACGCUUGGAGCAUUCUCAUUCGAGAGGCACAGAAUCAACCUAUAGACAAAGCACGGAAGACCUAUGAACGCCUUGUUGCCCAGUUCCCCAGUUCUGGCAGAUUCUGGAAACUGUACAUUGAAGCAGAGAUUAAAGCAAAAAAUUAUGACAAAGUGGAAAAGUUAUUUCAGCGAUGCCUUAUGAAGGUUUUACACAUUGAUUUAUGGAAAUGUUACCUUUCCUAUGUACGAGAAACCAAGGGGAAGCUACCUAGUUACAAAGAAAAAAUGGCUCAGGCAUAUGAUUUUGCUCUGGAUAAGAUUGGCAUGGAAAUCAUGUCAUACCAGAUCUGGGUGGAUUACAUCAAUUUUUUGAAAGGCGUAGAAGCAGUAGGAUCUUACGCAGAAAACCAGAGGAUAACAGCUGUCCGUAGGGUUUACCAGCGUGGUUGCGUGAAUCCAAUGAUAAACAUAGAACAGCUCUGGAGAGAUUAUAACAAAUAUGAAGAGGGCAUCAAUAUUCACUUAGCGAAGAAGAUGAUUGAAGACAGGAGUAGAGAUUAUAUGAACGCACGACGUGUAGCAAAGGAAUACGAGACUGUGAUGAAAGGUCUGGACCGCAAUGCCCCCUCUGUCCCCCCCCAAAAUACCCCCCAAGAGGCUCAGCAGGUAGACAUGUGGAAGAAAUACAUCCAGUGGGAAAAGAGCAAUCCUCUGCGUACAGAAGACCAAACUCUCAUAACAAAAAGAGUUAUGUUUGCCUAUGAGCAAUGCCUUUUGGUUCUGGGACAUCACCCAGAUAUCUGGUAUGAAGCUGCACAGUACCUCGAGCAAUCUAGUAAACUGCUAGCUGAAAAAGGGGACAUGAACAAUGCUAAACUUUUCAGUGAUGAGGCUGCUAAUAUUUAUGAAAGAGCGAUCAGCACUUUAUUAAAGAAGAAUAUGCUUCUUUAUUUUGCAUAUGCAGAUUAUGAAGAGAGUCGAAUGAAGUAUGAGAAAGUGCACAGCAUAUAUAACCGGCUCCUGGCGAUUGAAGACAUUGAUCCCACUCUGGUUUAUAUCCAAUAUAUGAAGUUUGCAAGGCGAGCAGAAGGCAUAAAAUCUGGAAGAAUGAUAUUUAAGAAAGCACGGGAGGAUGCCCGGACCCGCCACCACGUCUAUGUUACAGCAGCUUUAAUGGAGUAUUAUUGUAGUAAGGAUAAGUCUGUGGCCUUUAAGAUUUUUGAGCUAGGGCUGAAAAAAUAUGGAGACAUUCCAGAAUAUGUACUGGCAUAUAUCGACUACCUUUCUCACCUUAAUGAGGACAAUAAUACAAGAGUUUUGUUUGAACGUGUUUUAACUUCAGGGAGCCUUCCACCUGAGAAAUCUGGGGAGAUCUGGGCUCGGUUUUUAGCUUUUGAAAGUAACAUUGGUGAUCUAGCUAGUAUACUGAAAGUUGAAAAACGGAGGUUUACAGCAUUCAAGGAAGAAUAUGAGGGUAAAGAAACAGCUCUGCUGGUAGACAGGUAUAAGUUCAUGGAUUUGUACCCUUGCUCUGCUAGCGAACUGAAGGCCCUUGGUUAUAAGGAUGUCUCCCGUGCCAAGCUGGCAGCUAUAAUUCCAGACCCUGUGGUUGCACCUUCCAUCGUGCCUGUUCUCAAAGACGAAGUAGACAGAAAACCUGAAUACCCCAAACCAGACACUCAACAAAUGAUUCCAUUUCAGCCAAGGCACUUAGCACCUCCAGGUUUACAUCCUGUCCCGGGUGGUGUAUUUCCCGUUCCACCGGCAGCUGUAGUCCUCAUGAAGCUCCUGCCACCUCCUGUUUGUUUUCAGGGUCCCUUUGUUCAAGUGGAUGAGCUCAUGGAGAUAUUUAGAAGAUGCAAACUUCCAGACACUGUCGAUGAAGCUGUACGAAUAAUUACCGGAGGCCUACCUGAAAUAGCCGUGGAAGGCAAUGGACCUGUGGAAAAUAACGCUAUGCUCAAUAAGGCUGUUAAGAGACCACAUGAAGAUUCUGAUGACGAUGAGGAGAAAGGAUCUGUAGUUCCCCCCGUACACGACAUUUACAGAGCACGGCAGCAAAAGAGAAUCCGGUGAAACAAGUUUGGAGUUCUACUGUGAUAAAGACUUGCAUUGAAUCCGUCAGUCUCUUAAAAGUCAAGCAUUUAAAAAGGACAGCUGCAAACAAACAAACGAAAAAAUCUUGAAAAUGGUUUUGUUACUGUGGUGCCUCUUCUCCCAUAUGGUUCUUGAUCCGAAAACAGCCAGAACAACCUUAGAACAUGCUCUGAACAAAACUAGGUUUUCGAAACCAAAAGUGCAAAAUGUCAAAACUGCAUUUUGUUCUUCAAGGGUGUUCACAUCUACCACUUGAAAUCUUGUGGGUUUUCAACAGUUUUAUUUUAAAAACUGGAUGGCUUAUACUUGUGAAGCAUUUUUAAUUCACAUUUUCUGGAAAACAGUUGUUCUCAGUUUGUUCAUGUAGUGUCCUGCCUUAUUGUUCGUUUUUAUUUAUGGCAGAAUGUAUGGAAUCUGUUUUGUAGUUGAAAAUGGGAAAAAACAUUCCUUUAAAAUAAAAGGAUAUCCAUAACA